AAUUCAGUGUCGGAUGGGCAGCUCGGUUCGACCCUGGCCGGCCGCAGAGCCGCGGGAAGGAGGCUCCUUGUACUGGUCGAACGGCCGGCGGCGCCCUCUCCGGCGCCCCGGCGCUCAUUGCUCCAUCCAUUGCUACACGGCGGAACACCAAGUGGCUCUCGAAGGACACGCCCUGACCUUGAGGGUCAGAAGUGUCCUAGAUUUUUGGGCGGCGCGGGCCGGGGCGGCGAAGGGGCGCCGCAUGGCACUGCCCGCGGGCCUUGGACAGAGUGAACGGUGAUAAAAGUCCAGCCGGCCGGCUCCAUGGUGUAAACGCAGCCCGUGUCUCGUCGGAACCGCAUCCCACUUCACACGCAGAGAUGAAGCUGACCGUCGCUCUGGCGCUGGUGGCCGUCGGCCUGGCCUCCUUCUCUGAGGCCAUCUUCAUCUUCGAGACGGCGGCGGCCGGCACGGCCUCCACGGUGGGUGUGGGCACGGCCACGGGCGCGGCCGCGCUGGCCGGCGUCGGCGGCCUGGUGCUCGGCGCCGGGCUGGUCGGCGUGCUCGCGCUGGCCGCCUCCCGGCGCGGAAAGCGCUCCGUCGAGGACGGCCUCAAGGAGGACGCCGUCUUCAACCUGGUGGCCGCCUCUGACGCGUUCGGCUGCGCCAUGAAGCUGGUCUGCCUGCUGGAGGCCAAGCCCGACGAGGGCCUCACCGAGGACGACACCUUCAUCCUCAACAUCUUCGGCCGGGACCCGCAGGCUCCCAGCAUCGAGAAGAUGAAGACCCCGCGCGGCGCCUACGACUACGCCGCCUUCAUGGGCAAGCGUUUCGGCGCCGACUCGUGCGAGGAGCUGUUCCACACCUGCGAGGCCUCCUACCAGACCAUGAUCACCUACGUGGCCAAGCUGCGCGCGUAAGGCGUGACAGCAAGGCACGUUCCACCUUGUACAACUAUUUAUAUUGCGGGGAGCGAUGUGGGGCGGUCUCGGGAGUAUACCAGUGCUCAGAGAAUGUGGGGGAGCACUUUGCAAAUGAAGAGUCGUGUGUAAGCAGCAUGAUUUGAAUCGUUCACCUUCAAACUGUGAUUUUUGCGACAUAAUGCAUUGAUGAAAGAGCAGAAGCCUGCUUGACUGAGAUUUUGAAAAUGGGAGCAAUAUGACGUUUAUUUUGUCGACAGUACCUGUAACUACAACAUAAGCGUUAGACCCAAGGCCAGUUGGUUGUUGCUGAUAUUAUUUGGAAUAUAUGAAAUGUACUUA